CACCAGCGCUGCUGCAUCAGCAGUGACCAGGAGCUUUACUUCUUUCUCUCUGCGCUCUCCAUCAGCUGACAUCUCAUCAAACAUGCCUGUCCGGCUGCAAAAACUCUUACACGACUCGUCCGUGUUUUAGCAAACAGCAGGUAAACAGAACGCACGGAUGUUUUUGUUUGGAGAUCCAGUGCUCGUUUAAAAAAAAAACUGUGCGUAACAGCAAGGGAACAGUCCUGUCUCAAAAUUAGUAAGACGUUCCCUCACCUGCACUUUUAAAUCGACCGAGUGAGCUAUACGUACAGAGGGGGCGCGGUGAUGCGUACAGCCGUGGUCUGCAUUAGUUUACACCAUAUAUAUGCUGUUAUAUGUGACGUUAGUUGAGUGUUUCAGUAAUGUAAAAAUGGGAUAAAUUAAAGUACGUAUGCUUUUCCUUUGCAGCUUUUAGUGUUAAUAUCUCCUGUUAGUCAUUAACCCCCCCUUUAAGCUGAGGCAGGAUAGGACACUGGACAGCUCUUGCGCUUGGAGCCACUCCUGUCCCGUUAGAUUACAAUCAGAGACAUUCAGCACAUUGUAGUGAUACGACCUGUCAAUGCUACAAAGGUCUCUAUUUAGGUCUAAUUUUAUGUCAUGGAGCCAAUAUCCGGGUGUCUUCACACUAGCUCUAUAGUCGGCUAUUUAAUAACCUUGCUUUCUGUGCAGAAUGUUUUUUUUUUUUUUUUUUUUUUUUUGGUGCUUUACUUUUGACAGCACCAGCUGGUGCUUGUUAGCUCCUCGUGCUAGUAGAUAUUCAGCAAUCUAGGUGAGUUAACAAACCAUUAUAUUAAUGUUAGAGGUCAACACACGAUCACACUAUGAGCGAUCACUUUGAGAAAGUGAAGAUUCAGCUCGAGCAGAUUAAGGCGACCGGAGAGGUGGUGGAGACGGAGGCCGCGGCCGAGGAGGAGCAGCUGUCCCCGGCCUCCGUGUCUCCAGUCACCGCUGAUGUCUCGUUCGCUGGUCGUAGAAGUGGCGGAAGAAGUCAGAGUAAAACUAAGAGCAAAGCAGACUGUCAAACAAAACAAGUGACGGAUCUGAUAAAGCCAGAUCCUUUAGGACUGUGCCGUGUUUGCAAUGAACAAGCCCUUCAAAUUAAAGGGACGGGAAGGAUUUUAAGGGGUAAAACGGCGACAAAUGGUCACGUUGAGUCAUGCCAGAGACAGAGGGAUGGGAAAUGUGAGCGUCAUGGUAAAGAGGAUGGGAGCAAAGUGGCCAAAAUGAGAAGACCUGUGACGGUGGACAUUUCCAAAGCCAAGACAUCGCUAGAAGCGCUGAAACUUAGCAUCAGACAACUGAAGUGGAAAGAGUUUCCGAUGGGUAGGCGGACAGCCUGUGAUAUCUACUGGCAUGGUGUGUCUUUUCAUGACAAUGAGAACAUCGUUUCUGGGCAAGUCAACAAGUUUCCAGGAAUGAUAGAGAUGCUGCGGAAGAUCAAUUUGAGUCGUGCCGUGCGUACAAUGCAGGAGCUGUUCCCAGAGGAGUAUAACUUCUACCCACGCUCCUGGAUACUGCCUGAGGAAUACCAGCUCUUCUCCACACAGAUUCGUCUCCUGAAAGAUAAUGAUUCCACCCUCAAACCUACUUUCAUUGUCAAACCAGACAGUGGUUCCCAGGGCGAUGGCAUCUACCUCAUCCGAGACCCUGCUGACCUCCGGGUUAUCUCAGGUUCUCAGAUCAAACAAGCUGUUGUUCAAGAAUAUAUCCAAAAACCCUUGCUCAUUGAUAAACUGAAGUUUGAUAUCCGCCUCUACGUUCUGGUGCGCUCGUUGGAGCCUCUAGAGAUCUACAUCGCUAAAGAGGGUCUGUCCCGGUUUUGCACUGAACCCUACCAGGAACCUUGCCAGAAGAACCUCAGUCAUGUUUUUAUGCACCUUACCAACUAUUCCCUUAAUGUGCACAGCGGGAACUUUGUGCACUCUGACAGUUGCAGCACAGGCAGUAAACGCACUUUCUCUAGCGUUCUCUAUCGUCUGGCGUCUAAAGGAGUGGACAUCAAGAAAGUUUGGUCAGACGUUAUUGCUUUAGUUAUCAAAACAGUAAUUGCACUUGUGCCUGAACUGAAGGUUUACUACCAAGCAGAUAUACCCCCAGGGAAACCAGGACCUACGUGUUUUCAGAUUUUGGGCUUUGACAUCCUGCUGAUGAAGAACUUGAAGCCUGUUCUACUGGAGGUCAAUGCCAAUCCCAGCAUGAGGAUUGAACAUGAGCAGGAGGUGUCACCUGGUGUGUUUGAAUAUGUACCGAGUCCAGUAGAUGAGGAGGUGAAAGUGGGGGUCAUCAGAGACACACUCCGGCUGAUGGAUCCCGCUCAGAGGAAACAACACGUAACGACAAAUACGGGAGGCAGUUCUUCAGAGGAAGCUAUCGUCGUGAAAGCUGAAACUUUUGACAAAGAAGGUCUGGCAGAAUCUCUUCCAUCUUUGUGUUUAAAAGAAGUCUUCCCCAAAUACACCAAGCAGUUCAAUUACCUGCGGGUAGUCGAGCACAUUGCUGGCAUUUUCCUGCGCUUCCUCGGGGUCAAAGGAACCAUGAGACUGGGUCCCACUGGGUUCCGCACCUUCAUCAGGAACUGCAAUCUGAGUAACAGCAGCUUCUCGAUGGCAUCAGUGGACAUCCUGUACAUUGACAUCACCCGUCGCUGGGCUGGAAUGCUCCCAGAAUCCAGAGAAGCAGGCAUGUGUCUUCAGGCAUUUAUUGAGGCCUUUUUCUACCUGGCAGCACGCAGGUACAAGGCUUUACCCCUACGGGAGCAGGUGCUCUCACUGCUGGAGGUGUGUGAGGGAUCCCUCGAGGGGCAGGGCCACAGCGAGAAGCCACGGCCACAUAGAUCACACACAAACACUAUCCCCACCUCUGCCCACUCAUCAGCACCAACCACGCUCAACUCCCCUGCCCUGACACGCCAACACCAAGACCAUCGGCGGCAUCAGCCAUUGCAGCCCUCUGCUAAGGGAAACACAGACAAUUGAGAAUCUCACUCAUGCAAACAAAGAGCUCCUUAUCUUCAGAGGAGUGUUUAGAGCUUUUAAUGGGCAAAGUAAUGGACUUUAGUUUAAAUAAAUAAAGGAGAGAAAUUAACAGAAUAUUUUAAAAUAUAGAAACCAGGGUUGAAGUGGUCCUUUACCGGUGCACUCUUUUACGUCACCAUCGUCACUUAAAGGGAUAGUUCAUCUCCCAAAAAUGAAAAAUCUGUUAUCAUUUACUCACCUUAAUGUUGUUCCAAACAUGUAUGGCUUCAUUUUUCUGUGGAGCUUAAAUGGAGAUUUUAGGCAGAAUGUUAGCCUCAGUCACUAUUUACUUUCAUUACAUCUUUUGUUUCCAUACAAUGAAAGAGAAUGGUUACUGAGGCUUACAUUCUGUCUAAUAUCAUCUGUGUUCCAAGGAAGAAAGUACACACUACACUAAAACAAAUGUGGUGGAGGAUAUGCAUGUUGGUGUAGUGUUCUGAUGCCAGUACAGCAAGAGUCAGGCACUUGUUUCAGUGCUAAACGUGCAGACAGAAUAUGCACGAGCAAGUGACUUGUGUUGUAUUUCUCAUAUGUGCUUACCUUUAGGUAAUGCAAGUAGCAUUUGUAUGCAUCGAUCACUGCAGGGAUAACAGUACAUCCCUCCAUGACAAUAUCAGGGAUGUUGAGAUUCUGUUCCUUAAAGGGACAGGAUAUUGUUGUAAUACCAUUUCACUUCAGAAAAGCAGCUAAUUACCUUAAUGGCCACCUUUAACUGACUAAGCAAAACAACAUAGGGGCCUUUUUCUUUGGAAAUGGUGUUAACACCGGGAUAUGGUAUCAAGUGCACUAAAAGUUUACGAAAUUGUUUUAUUUAUACCCAUAGAGUUUUAUUUAUUACAUUUUGAGAGUUACAUUGUGUUUUUCACUUCGAGUAAUUCACUUUAGUUUUACUGAACUGACAGAACUGCUCCCACAGGUAGGAAUUAUGAAAGAAAAAAAGGGGGUUGCUUUGAUUAAAGGCAACUGAAUCUAUCACAGGAUAAUCAUAUAUUAGUUCAUUUAUACAAAUAAUUCAACUCAUUUAAUAUUGUAUUACAACUACAAGCAUCCACCCAUAAAUAUUAGACUUGGCUGAGAUGUACUUUUGAUGGUACUGUUGAGUAAACGAGCAUUCAAAUUUAAAUGUUUUAUAUGGUUUGAUUUUAUUUGUCUAUUUUGUUAAAGUUUGCGUUUAUUUUCUGGAAGCAUGCAUAAAACUUGAUUCUGGCAUAUAGAAACCAGUGUUAUCUGAAUUUUGCAAUCAUUUUGAAAAACAAAACUCACUGAACAAAGAAACGUUUCUCAGAUAACAGCAAACUGACUGAUGUACUUUAAUUGUAAUUCAUUUCAUUUAUCUAAAAAAAAAAAUCAUACAGUACUAUUCCAAUCCCAUUUUGUUUGUCAGCUGAAUGAUUUAAUAAUGAGGACAUCAAAGCAGGCCUAUGAAAUAACUCAAUAAAAACUUUAAUUAUUCUA